AUGCUGGCGGGGAUCUCGACAGGCGGCGUGGAGGCUCAUUGCGCAAAGCGCCUCGUUGGGGAGCCCAUGGCACGCUCGCCGUGUCGGUGGCAGCAGCGCAUGCGUCGUCGAGCGCGAGUAGGGCCGACCAGCGCACACACGUGGAGGACGCUGGCUCCCGCGGUCCGCCGUGGAUACUGCGGCUACGGGCCCCGCCGAGCAGUGGACGACGAGGGCGACGGCAUCGAGACAGCGUCAGGCUGCUGCUCGGGACACGGCGCCAGGCGAGUGGCGCGGGCGGCGUUUAGCAAGCGGGAGCGUGCGGGCUCCUCAGUCUCCCAGCACCGCGCGACCCGCCCGACUGGGAACCAUCUCAUCCGCCCGGACGGCGCCCACGCCCGCCAGACACGGACGCGCAGCGACGCUGCCCAAAGCCGUGCGCGGUGCGUACCUGCGUCGCUCCUUCGCCGAUCUCGCCUGCCCGCUGCUGGCACUGGCAGUGGCGACUGUGCACCGGCUUCAGAUGUGUCGUCGUCGACGCCGCAGCAGCAGCCUCACUGCCUCACUCCUUCGUCUGCAACCCCUCGCCGUCCACCUCCCGCCUGCAGCCGUCCUCGCCGACAGCCGCGGCCGCCUCUAGGCAGGCCCAGGGCGAUCCCGCCGCCGAGGCCUCCCCCGUACGCACCGGCUGCGCAGAUAUCUGUGCCGGCGACGACAAAUAGCAUUACUUUUCCGAAUUGGUCGUAG